AUGGAAGAUAAAUUACAACAUAUUGAAAAAUUACAAUCGAAUAUAGAGAACCUUCUAACCACAAAUGAAUCAAUAUCACAACUAUUACAACAACCUAAUAAGUCUUUACAGCGACAACUGAUUCUUGAUUCAUAUGCCAUAUCACAAUUUAAUAGAGAUGUCAAAGAUAUGAAAUCUUCUAUACAUGAAGAUUCCUUUUCGUAUAAUAAGAAGUUAAGUUUAAUGUUCAAACACAGUAAUGAGUUGGAAAUUAUCAUGAAAGAAUAUGAACAAAAAUCCAAGUUAGUCAAAUUACCUGAUUUAAAAAUAUCAACUUUAACCUUAAAGCAAUAUGAUGAAUCUUUACAUGCUGAAGAGCAAAAUAUCAAUAUCAAAGACUUCUUCACCGUGGAUAAAUCUAUAGAUAAACCAUUACUAGAUUUUGAUUCUUUUAAAAAACUAGUGAAUCUAGAAUAUAGGAAUAGAGUGGAGAGAAUGGUGAAAUAUCAAAUUUUAUUAAAUAUCAAAAGUGAAAUCGAUAAAGAUAAAGACAAAUGGUCAAAACGAAAUGUGGAAUUGGAAAGAUUCUUACAAAGAGAUGUUGAAAAAAUCGUUAAAACCGUUGAAAAUAUCAGAAAUGAUGAAAUGGAUGUUGAAGAUGAUGAGAGAGAUGACAUGAAUUUAGAUGAAUAA